AACGUCUCCAUUAAUAGCUCACAAAGUCGUAAACAAACAUCAAAUAAAACAUAAUCUAAAUUAAAUUUAAAAAAAAAACUUUACAAAGUCAACUGCUCUCUCUCUCUCUCUCCCCUAUCUUUUUCUCUCUCUCUCUUCUAUUUAUCUUCGCCUCGCUCCUUUCUCUCUCUCCUUCUCACAGAGCCAGAGAGCUCCAUCUGCCAUGAAAAACCACCUCUAGCAUCUGUGCAAAGGUCAACGCUAUCUGGGUACGUAUUCUUUCCAAUGGGCAACGGCGUAGGAAAGCUCGGCCACUGCUUCGCCGGCUCCGGAGAAGUCUCCCGCCGGCAUGACAUCGACUUCAUCCUCUCCGACCAUCCUCUCGACGAGGGCUUGGGUCACUCCUUCUGCUACAUCCGACCAGACCCGUUCCGCCUCUCCACCUCCAAAGUCCACUCCGAGGAGGUCGAAACGACGACGUUUCGCUCCAUCUCAGGCGCGUCCGUCAGCGCCAACGCCUUCACCCCCCUCUCCACGUCUCUGCUCGAUCACCAUCUCUAUCCCUACGCUUCUCUCGAUAAAGCUUCAGCCUUUGAGAGCUCCAAUUCUUUUGCUUCUAUUCCCCUGCAACCGGUUCCCCGGAAUUCCAUUUCUGGCCCGCUGCCGAAAUUUUCCGGCGGAAUCCCCGGCUCCGGCCCCAUGGAAAGAGGGUUCCUGUCGGGUCCAAUCGAGCGAGGCUUCGUGUCUGGUCCGAUCGAUCGAAGCUUCGUGUCGGGUCCGAUCGAUCGCGGGGUCUACUCUGGUCCGAUGGAGAAGCCGUUUGAUCAGCUGCAGAGGAGCUUCUCCCAUGGGGGUUUUGGGUUUAAGCGCAAAUCCAAGAGAAAGUCUCUGAUGAAGGCUUUUCAGAGGGCGAUUACGAACAUGAUUCCAGGAGGUCAUAAGUCUAUUGUUGCGCCAAUUAAAUCCGAAUCGGAUAAGAACAAUGAGUGUAGUCUUAAUGCGAGUGCUAAUUUGAGCAGCAAUGGGAGCUUGAAUGAUGAUGUUUAUGUUUAUGAUGGGGAUGAGUCGUUGGGGAGUCAGAAUCUUCAGUGGGCACAGGGAAAAGCAGGGGAGGAUCGUGUUCAUGUCGUGAUCUCGGAAGAACGCGGUUGGGUUUUCGUGGGGAUUUAUGACGGAUUCAAUGGCCCUGAUGCUCCUGAUUUCCUCUUGUCUAAUCUUUACCCUGCUGUUCAAAAGGAGCUCAAAGGGUUGCUGUGGAAUGAAAAGUUUGAAUCCCCUGCGACUGCAGUAUUUGUGGCUGAAUCCGCUUUGAAUUCGAAUUCGCAGGAGUCUUCCCCUCCGAUUGAGGAAUUCGAUUGGCCCCAGACGAGGAAUCCCGCAGGGGAUGAAUGUUGUCAAUGUUAUGAUCAGCCAGAGAAUUCACCAUCUGUUAGUGGGGAAGUCGGUUCCAAGAAAAAGCGCUGUAGGAUUUCCAAGAGCAAGAACAGAGGGUUGGGAAGGAAAUGGGAGGAGAAUCAAAGGAAGUGGAGGCAGGAAUGGGAAAGGGAAAGAUUAGAGCUUGAUAGGAGAUUGAAGGAACACUUAAACCAAUUGGAGUCCGACGGAGCAGCGUCUAUAAACCACUCCGAUGUUCUCAAAGCCCUUUCGCUGGCAUUGAAGAAGACGGAGGAGGCAUACUUGGAGAUUGCAGACAAGAUGGUAAUGGAAAACCCUGAGUUAGCUCUCAUGGGAUCAUGUGUUUUGGUGAUGCUGAUGAAGGGGGAAAAUGUUUAUUUGAUGAAUGUGGGGGAUAGCAGAGCAGUUCUAGCUCGAAAGUUCGAACCCGACCUUUGGCUCGGGCAGGACUUGGAACGGAUCAAUGAGGAGACUCUGAAUGAUCUUCAAUCAUAUGAUGGAGAUGAAUUUGAUAGAUUACCCAGUUUAGCUUCUCUUCAGGUCACCAUGGAUCACAGCACAUCUGUGGAAGAGGAAGUUCAGAAAAUAUUGAGAGAACAUCCAGAUGAUGCUUCUGCGGUAAUCAAUGAUCGAGUGAAAGGUUCAUUGAAGGUCACCAGGGCUUUUGGGGCUGGAUAUCUCAAACAGCCAAAAUGGAAUAAUGCAUUACUAGAGAUGUUCAGGAUCGACUAUGUUGGGGCCAACCCAUACAUCACCUGUUCGCCAUCCCUCUACCACCACAGACUCAGCCCAAAAGACAGAUUUUUGAUACUGUCUUCUGAUGGACUAUACCAGUACUUCACUAACGAAGAAGCUGUCUCAGAAGUUGAGUUGUUCAUUGCUGCAUUCCCUGAAGGGGAUCCUGCACAGCAUCUCAUCGAAGAAGUGCUGUUUCGAGCUGCAAAGAAGGCUGGAAUGGACUUUCAUGAGUUGCUUGAUAUUCCACAAGGGGACCGUCGAAAAUACCAUGAUGAUGUCUCUGUUAUUGUUAUAUCUUUGGAGGGACGGAUCUGGCGAUCUUCUGUGUAAAUAUAGACUUGGAAUAGAAGAUACAAUGAGUACAUACACCAAAACAGAAAGAAAAAAAAAAUUGAAGCAAUUUCUACUUUUAAAUUGAAGCAAUUUCUACCCUCCUCUCUCCCCAAUUUUCCCCAUUAAUAUUUGUACUAUAAGAUUUUAGAUGUGGGGAGAAAAAAUUGUUUCAUAUAUCAGCUUGUGGGGACUGUAAAGGUGUAAACUGGUUCAUGUUUUCCCCUCUGUGAUAGUAUAUUGUAUUCAGAUAAAUACAUGCUGCCCUUUGAAGGGGCUCCCAUAGUUCAAUUCCCCUCCCCACCUCUCUCCACCCCUUGUCCCAUACACAGGUUGCUCACUCAAAUAUCAACCAAUUGGUCCAUGUUCUUUUCAUUCUUUUUGCAGUCCAACCUUCCUCUGUUUAAUUCCUGAAAUGGGGUAUUUAGAAUUUCAUUUUUCCUUUGUUCAAUUCAAUUCAUUACAUUCUACUUCUUCACCAGUGAAAAAAGAACACAGAUGUGAGUUCAGUGGCAUUAUCUGCUCUAUGUUACAGUAUCUUUGUUAAGUCCAGUAGCAAGUCCUGCAGAGAAUCAUUGUUUAUUACUCUGAAAAUCAACGUCACAUAUAUCCCUCCAUUUUGAGGCAGAGACAGACGCAGGGGCAGAGGUUUGAAAGCUUAUAAUCUUACAACUGUAUUCCCCUGUUUUGAAUGUUCAGUAUAAUAUAUCAACUUUUGUCUUGUA